AUGAGUGAAUUUAAACAAAUGGAGAUUGAAGUAUUGUUUGAAUAUUUCAUAGUCGUACAUUUUAAAUUUUAAAGCGAGACACACCGAAAUAAUAAAACAAAAACUGUUAAAGUUACAUGAAGAAGAAUCUGCAGAUUAAUUCUAACCAUUUUAUUAAUCUUUCCUUAAAAACUGUAGAGACUAUUUACAUCAAAAAUUAGUAAUAAUAUUUAUUAAUCUAUAGAAAUUGACUUGUAAAAGAGUACUAGAUGAAGAUUUAUUAGAACUUUUAAAAGUAAAUAUUUAUUUGGCUGAAUUAUCUUAUACAAUAUGCAAGGAAGUACCUGAACUUAAACCAUAUCCUCUUAGUACAAUCUAUAACUAAUUUAAGCUUUUAGUGAAGAUAUUUAUGAAUGUUUGUCUCUAUCAGAACUUUAUGAUUACUUUAAUAAUUUAUAUAGUUAGAUAUCCACAAUAUCAAAAUUCUAAGAUGAAAACAAAUAUGUUUUAUUAAGAAUUUGUAAUUCAAUGCUCAAAAGACUUUCAACAACACAUGACACUUUUUUAAGAGGAUAAGUUUAAAUAUUCUUGACUCAAAUAUUCUCAACAAUUCAUCCAUCAUUAAGAAAGAAACCAAUAAAUAUAAGAGAUAGAGGAUUUGAUGAAGAAUCAGUCAAAGUAAAUGCUUCAUUGCCAUAUUCUUUUUAUAAAAAUUUUUGGACUUUACAAAAAUACCUUAAUAAUUCUGAAUUAAUAUUUAGAAAUAAGGUAGAAUUUGAUGAGGUAGGUGAAGAAGCUGGAUAAGUUAUAUAAGGAGUGUCUGAACCUUAAAGAACAAAAAAUCUUUAGGCAGUUAUUAAAGUUAUAAUGAGAGCUUUGUAAUAUUUUAAAGAGAAUCCUUUAGAAUCUUAAAUAAUAACAGUGAAAAGGUUUCCUAAAUUUCUUACAAAAUAUUCUUUAUUCAAAAAUUAAUUAAAUGAUCCUUAUUUUAGAAAAUUAUUCUUAAAUUAAGUUUUAUUGUUUAUUUUUGUAGCUGAACUUGAGAAUCAUGAAGUAUUGAAAUCCUGUUAAUAUUUUAGAAAUAAUUCAUAUAGAAUUUGAAAAUUGAAGUACAAAAAUAAUUAGAUGAAUUAGGAGAUAAAUUAGGAGAGAAAGUUUAACAUUUAAUUGACACAGAACGAACUUGGGUAUUCUAUUGUAAUAUCUCAGCGACUAUGGGUGACAGAAAAACAAUGUUUUGAUGAUGGAUAUGAAAAACUUAGUAUUAAAGCAUCCGAGAAAGCCAAAAAAAAAAGAUUAGAAAUACAAAAAAGAAUCUAUGAUGACCUUAAAUAUAAAUAGACAGAUGCAUUUUAAUCAAUUUUAUAAGAUUAAGGAAGACCAUAUAAAAUAGAAACUAAUCCUAUUGAACCUGGAUUAAAUUAUUAUUUAAAUGAAGUUUUUUAUUAAUUAGAUCAGACUCGUAAAAUUUAAGACAAUGAAAGAUGUAAGAAUUUAAAAGAUUAUGCAUGGAAAUCAGUUAGAGUCAUAUCUAAAUAUUUAUUAAAAGAAUUAAAAAUUACUAAUUUAAUAACAUAAGAUUUAAAGCCAUUACCUAAUUUAGAAGAUAUUGUAGAAAAUUUGAAAAAUGCUGGAAAUGAAAUGACAGCUGAAAGAUUAUAAUAAUCUAAUAAUAAUAAUAAUAAUAAUAAUAAUUCUGUUACAAUCAAACCUGUUCACAUAAGUUAAUAAUUACCAAACUAGAAGUGA